AUGGCCACGAACGACGUCUCUAUGGCUGAUGCGCCAGCCAACCGCCCUGACCGUCGUGUCAACGGCUCGCCGCCCCCGGCGCAGUCCAAACGAGACAAACGCCGUCAGAUGCUCGUUGACAAGCUUGCUACGCUCAACGAGAAGUUUAGCAAGGACCGCGACCAGGCCUACCGCGAGCAGCUCACGCGGAUCCAGAUCGACACCUCACUGGUGAUGAGCUUCGAUCCUUACGUGGAUCGCCCGCUGGAUAAGUUCGAGGAGGAGUAUGCAAAACUGCAGCAGGUCGGCGGCGGCGAUGGCCCGGCCAAGUCGCUACUUGAGAAGGCCGGACCCAAGUUUGCGAAGUGGAUGGAGAAGGUGCAGGAUUUGAUUGAGCAGCGGGACUACGCCCUUACCAAGUUCAAGUUUGACUACGAAAAGAAGACCUCCGAGUACCUAAACACCCAUGCUUUCAAGACCGAGACCGCGAACCGCGAGUUCAAGGCCUUGUCGCAGACGCUACGCGACCGCCUAAUCAACAGCAUCAUGGCCAAGAAGUUCCGUUUGAACAAGGAGAAGGAGGCGCUCGAGAUUGCCGACUCGAAUGCCCUCCUGCUACACCCGAACCAAUAUAGCAUCACCAACCCGUCCAGCCCCGGCGGCACACAUGGCAAGCGGGCCACACGGCUGCGCCGUGAAAUGGAAGAAAUGGCCAUGGAGGGCAAGAAGAGGAAGCGUGGUUACAAUGACGAUGACGGCUCACCGGUGCCACAGCGUCGUCACUUGGACACCUCCAACAGCACGCCCAUGUGGCAGACGGAUCGUCUCAUCAACCGCAAGGCCACUGGCCCCAUUUACAGCAUCGACAAGCUCUUUACGGACAAGGAGCUUGCCAUGUACUACAACGCUGCGGCCCUGGCGGCUCGCAAGUACCUCCUCACACACAAGCCUAAGCUUGACGAGAACGGGCACCCCAUUCAUGAGCCCGGCACCGAAGGCGCGGAUGGCGACAAGGACGACGACGGCGAUUCCAUGCCGUCGGCGCCCAUGAUGGAGCGCAAUGUGUCUCACGCUACCCGUAGCAACCGCGGCAACCCGAAUUUCACAGAUGACAAGCUGAUGGGUAUCGAAAUGCUGGCCAACUUCGACUUCCCCGGCAACUUCGAGCGCAUGCUCGCGGCCGACCCCAAACUGCCCCCGACGUUCCCGUCCACUUAUGUUAAAGGCUACAGUAAGAUGGAGUAUAACAUUCCGAGCAGUCUCAGCACCGAGGAUGCCAACCAAGACCUGAUGGUCAUCAACGCGCUGAAGCAGUACGACGCGCAAUUCGGCGUCGGCGCUUCGUUCGACAUGCCCAACGGCAGCGGCAGCCGCAAACUUCUCGAGGCAGCGUCCAUUUCGGCCCGCGACCACCGCUAUGUCGCCUACCUCCAGGGCGAGCGUCCCUCGGAGAAUCAGGUGCGCCGCCAGCUCGGCCUACCCGUCCUCUCCGACGUGGUGGAGCCCAUCGAGUCCAACGUGCGCGCAUCUACACCGAAGGUGGGGCCGAUCGGCGGUAGUACGCCAGGCCCGUCGCCGGCUAAGGGAGGAGUGCCAAUGAAAGCGCUUUACGAUCAUGCUGAGUUGGUGUUUUGUGCUUUGCAGGAUGGUUGA